AUGGCUUUGAAAGCUGUCCCUGUGAGGUCAUUACUGCUUGUGGCUAUUGGAAUGAUUCACUUUGCAUAUGGCGGGUAUGUGAUAGUAUGUCCGGAUUCCAUACGCCCUGGAUUGCCACUCGUGGUCAGCGUAAAAAUUGAAGUUGUACAACCUUUCAUGUUGACUGUUGAGAUAAUGAGAAACUCUGUUAUCUUAAAUGAGACAGUAACAUUCUACAGUACAGGCGUGGCUGACACUAUUGAUUUACAGGUACCGGAGGAUGCUGAAGAUGGCUCCUACAUGAUACGUGCAUCUGCAGUAGGUGGAAUUACCUUUACACGAUCAAAAUACUUGAAUUUCAUUUCAAAAGGAUUCUCUAUUUACAUCCAGACAGACAAAGCAAUUUAUAAGCCAGGACAAACAGUAAACUACAGGAUAUUUGCUGUGAACCCUGACUUGUCCCAGCGCUUGGUGAACUUCACAAUCGAAAUCAAGGAUCCACUAGGUAAUUUGAUCAAGCAGUGGAUUGACUACAAGCCGCCCUCAACUGGUGUAAUAACAGAAAAAUUAGAGAUGACAACGCAGCCUGUUUUAGGGGACUGGAAUAUUACUGCUUCUUCGGGGCAUGUGUCUUCGCAUCAAGUUUUCACUGUGGCUGAGUACGUCCUGCCAAAGUUUGAGGUGUCGGUCACCCUGCCUUCAUUCGUCACCAAAAAUGAUUCUGAAGUACUAGGAAGAGUCGAUGCUAAGUAUACGUAUGGAAAGCCAGUGUAUGGAACAUUGCUAUUAAAAGUAUUUGCAGGACAUCAAAAAUUAAAUAUGACCAUGAAUAUUGAUGGAAGCAAAAGUUUCUCGGUGCCCAUGAGCGAAUUUUCAAACCUUAGAGAAGGACAUCAUUUAACUAUCGUUGCCACAGUAACAGAAUCACUAACUGGAAUUGAGCAAAAGUCAAUUGGUUCGACAACGUACUAUAACAGAACUGUGAAAGUGUCCAUUUUAGAUGCAAGUCCAUCAACUUUCAAACCUGGACUUAUGUACACUGCUUAUGUUGCAGUUACAAAACAAGAUGGAAUGCCUCUAUCGGAAGCAGAGAGGAGAAUGCCAUUGUUUAUUGUCGGCUCCGGAAACAUAACCACUCAUGAAAUUCCAACCAGUGGGGUUGUAACGUACAUGAUUGAAACUAUGAGUGAUGAUACUUCAUUCAAUUUACAGGCAUGGUAUUAUACUGAUGAAGAGUCAAAUCAGAAAGCCUCCACUUACGUAGAAGUAUCCGCGUCACCGAGCAAUUCAUUCAUACAAAUUGGCUUGGACACAUCGCAUUUGUCAGCAGGAAACGUUGCAACAUUCACACUCCGCUCUACGGAAAUCCCUCCUUUCAUUGUAUAUCUGGUCAUAUCUAAAAGCAGAAUUUUUGCUAUGGAAACCCUCUACGGUCUGCAAUCCACCCAAAAUAACUUGACAGUUGACAUCACCCCGGAUAUGGCACCAUUAGCCAAAUUGGUGGCUUACUAUGUUCGAGGAGAUGAAGAAGUUGUAGUUGAUGUGUUUAACUUUAAUGUUGAUGGGGCGUUUAAAAAUAUGGUUAGCCUAUCGUUCAGUAAUGAGGUUGUUAAACCUGGUGACAGCAUCACUGUUGACGUUACAGCAACCAAAGGAUCGCUUGUUUACCUUUUGGCAGUCGAUCAGAGUGUUUUACUUCUAAAAUCUGGCAAUGACAUCACUCAACAAAAGGUUCUCAGAGAAUUGGAAACCUUUGAUGAAACUAAUGAUGGUGGUAUAAUUGAUGGUCCCAUCUUUUUCGAUUGGUACUUUCCAUUCCCAACUUCGGGUACAACUGCUGAAGAUAUGUUUGCGAAUUCUGGGGUUGUGGUGAUAACUGAUGCUGAAAUACCUAGUAGACCAGAUAUUUAUUAUUAUUAUGCCCUUGCAUUAGGUCCCUUCAGUCCUGAGUUAACUGGAUUUGAACCUGAUACAGAUUUUACCGCCGUAGACACAUUGCCCAUAGAAUCAGAGGAAGUGUCUUCUGUCACCGAUUCUCCUGUGCGUAGAGAGUUUCCGGAAACAUGGCUGUGGACGGACUCAACUGUCGGAGAGGAUGGAACGGUUUCCAUCACCGCCAAAGUUCCAGAUACCAUCACAUCUUGGAUUGGAAGUGCGUUUGCUUUGUCCAGUGAUACAGGACUUGGAAUUGUGCCAACUACAUCAAUGGUGACAGUUUUCAAACCAUUCUUUGUGUCCUUAAACCUACCCUACUCAGUCAUUCGAGGGGAAAACCUAGCUCUUGAGGUUUUAGUCUUCAACUACCAAACCACAGAUGUUGCUGCUGACAUAAUUCUUCACAAAUCAACAGAUUUUGAUAACAUUGAAUUCCACACAAGUAACAGCGUUACAGACAAUAUCAAUGAGGUUUAUGUUAGCAAGGACCAGGUUGUGAAAACAGUUAUUCCUGCUGGAGAUGGUGUGUCCAUCUCUUUUCCCAUAAUUCCCAAAAAAUUAAAAUUGAUGGACAUACGUGUGUCGGCACAGUCGUCAACCGUCAGAGAUGUUAUUAUACAACAGCUUUUGGUUGAGCCUGAGGGUGUUAUGAAUUCCUACACUGAUCCAGAUCUCAUCAAUUUAUCAGGCGACAUUUUUAAUAAAUCAUUCCCAAUUGAACUUCCACCUGCGGGUCUUGUUGAGGGCUCUGUUCGUGUGGUACUCUCAGCAACAGGUGACAUAAUGGGUCCAACUAUGAGCGGGUUAGAUAAGCUGUUGCGUUUGCCCUCAGGCUGUGGGGAGCAGAACAUGUUAGGCUUCGCUCCAGAUGUCUUCAUCUAUGAUUACCUCAAGAACACAAACCAGAAUAAUCUUGAGAUAAAGGAAAAGGCUCUCCGCUAUAUGAACAUUGGCUACCAAAGAGAGCUCACUUACCAGCACAAGGAUGGUUCUUUCAGUGCCUUUGGUGACCGUGAUCCCUCUGGCAGUACCUGGUUGACAGCCUUUGUGGUGAAAUCAUUUGUCCAGGCUCAGGAGUACAUUUUUAUUGAUUACAAACUUGUAGAGAAAGCUGUUAAUUGGUUACUGACGCAGCAGAAUGAAGAUGGAUCAUUCCGGGAACCAGGAAAGAUCUGUAACCGAAAUAUGCAGGGAGGUGUAUCUGGUCCAGUUACCCUUACAGCAUAUGUGUUGGUGGCCUUGCAAGAAGCAAAGCAUGGAAAUGGGUUCUCACAGACUACUUUGAAUUUACUCAACAUUUCAGUUGAUAGUGCGGCAUCCUACAUUAACUCACAGUUGUCCACCUUCGAAUCUGACCCGUAUGUAAUGGCUAUCACAACUUAUGCCCUCACAUUAAGCAAACAUCCAAAUAAAGACUUGUUCCUUGCUGAAUUAGAGGAACUGGCAAUCGUUGAAGUUGGUAUGAAACAUUGGAGCCGUCAAGAGGUAACUGUAGAUGAUGACCAAAGUUUGGGUUGGUUUCGACCUUAUUAUAAACCACCCUCUUCUGAUAUUGAAAUGACAGCCUACGGACUUCUUGUUUAUCUGGCUCGUGAUGAUGUAUUGGCAGGGUCGUCUAUUUCAAAAUGGUUGACUAAACAACGAAGCGAACUUGGUGGAUAUUCUUCAACACAGGAUACUGUUGUAGCUCUGCAGGCUCUAUCCUCCUAUGCUAGUGAAAUAAACGUGAACAGAGGGGAAAUUACAAUAGCUGUAACAGCAACAGAAGAUCCCUCUUUCAAGCAGACUAUAACUAUCAACAGUGACAAUGCUCUUGUUUUCCAACAAUUGGAGGUUCCUGUGACAACUGGCUCCAUUAAUGUAUCAGUAUCCGGCAGUGGUUCUGUUUUGGUACAGUUCACAGUUUCCUACAACGUGGAGGAGGUUGACCAGGUGCCAGCAUUUGAUGUCAUGGUAACAGUGACCAACGAUGACUUAAACAGCAUCCAGGUCGAAGUUUGUGGGCAGUAUCUGAGGCAGGAGGAAAGUGGAAUGUCAAUCAUUGAAGUUGGUAUACCAUCAGGAUUUGAUGUGAACGAGGAUAAAUUGAAAGAGGAGCUCUUAAAUGUUGGUCCUCUGCAACAGUACGAGUUGCAAGCAAGACAUGUCAACCUCUAUCUUGACCAGCGUCGUGAGGGCACCGAGGCCAAGGCAGCAAAAGGGCAGGCAAGUAGUGGCCAUCGUCGUGCUUCAUUUUCAGGAGCAUCAAGGCCAACUCGGAAGGCACUGACGGCAAUGACCGCGGUGGCCGCCUAA